CAGUGGCUGUGGAGUGGUGGUCUCUUUUCCCUUCGCUUUUCUCCCAGUGAACUUCAACUGUUGAGAAGUAAACAGCCCCUUCCCUGAUUAUUCAGUCUUUGCCUGGCUGUGGGACUCAAGCGAGAAGAGGGAGACAUGCAGAUAUGUUGCAGCAUAUUCAAGAAAGGUUUUUAGGAUGGAAGAUGCUAAAAUGGACUCGCCUGAUGGCUGUAAAGUACAAGAUAAGAAAACUGCCUCCAACCGCCCUUCUGCUACAAUUUCAGGACAAAAUAGCAGCCACUCAGGAAAUAAACCAGACCCUCCGCCUGUGCUACGGGUUGAUGACCGGCAGCGGCUGGCCCGAGAACGACGUGAGGAACGAGACAAGCAGCUAGCUGCACGAGAAAUCGUCUGGCUAGAAAGAGAAGAGCGAGCCAGGCUACACUAUGAGAAGCACCUGGAAGAGCGGAAGAAGAGGCUAGAGGAGCAUCGGCUGAAGGAAGAGCGGAGGAGGGCUGCGGUGGAAGAGAAGCGGAGGCAGAGGCUAGAGGAGGACAAGGAACGCCUUGAAGCUGUUGUCCGACGUACAAUGGAAAGGAGCCAGAAACCCAGACAAAAGUACAACCGAUGGUCCUGGGGAGGCCCUCUCCACGGGAGCCCCAGCAUCCACAGCUCAGAUCCAGACAGGCGGUCAGUUUCCACCAUGAAUCUUUCGAAACAUGUUGAUCCCGUCAUUAGCAAGCGGCUCUCCUCCUCAUCUGCAACUUUGCUAAAUUCUCCAGAUAGAGCUCGCCGCCUGCAGCUCAGCCCCUGGGAGAGCAACGUUGUUAACAGACUACUGAUGCCCACACAUUCAUUCCUGGCCAGAAGUAAAAGCACAGCUGCCUUGUCUGGAGACGCAGUUAUCCCCAUUUGUCCUCGUUCAGCAUCUUGCAGCCCCAUCAUCAUGCCCUACAAAGCUGCACACUCUAGAAAUCCAGUGGAUCGACCAAAACUCUUUGUAACACCACCCGAGGGCUCUGCGCGCAGGAGGACUGUUCAUGGCGCCACGGGCCAUAAAAGAGACAGAGAAAAUGUACCUUUCCACCUCACAUCUGGCGUCCGAAGGACUCUAUCUCCAGCUAAUCCCAAAGGAAGAUCGCCAGCUCCCUCCCGACUCUGGCUCCCGUCCAAGUCCUUCCCGCACUUGCCCGGCACACCCCGACCAGCGUCUUCCUUACCUCCUGGCUCGGUCAAAGCUGCCCCAGCUCAGGCCUGGCCCCCAUCCCCUGGCAACAUCCGCCCUGGCAAGAAAGAAGCCAGAGUGGAACCUGAGAAGAAAGACCCCGAGAAGGAACUUCAGAGUGUUGCCAGCGAGCCCUCACUGAGGGGCAGAGCACCGUUGGUGAAGGUAGCAGAAGCCGAAGCCGAAGAGGCGACGCCUGUCGAGCCCGAAGCUGACACAGCUGCUCCAGCGCAGGCUCUGGAUCCAGCUCCAGCCCCAGCCCCAGCUGCACCUCCAGCCUCUGUCACCACCACACCACCCCCUGUGACUGCCAGUGCUGCUUCCAAGGUCUCCGCAGGCACCACGGACCCAGAAGAAGCCACACGGCUGCUGGCUGAGAAGAGGAAGCUGGCCCGAGAGCAGAGGGAGAAGGAGGAAAGAGAGAGGAGGGAGAAGGAAGAGCUGGAAAGACAGAAGAAAGAGGAAUUGGCUCAAAGGGUGGCCGAAGAGCGAGCCCGCCGGGAGGAGGAGGCGCGCAGGCUGGAGGCCGAGCAAGCCCAGGAGAAGGAGGAGCAGCUGCGCUUGGAGCGGGAGCGCGCAGAGACCGAGCGCGCCCAGAAGCAGAAGGAAGAAGAAGCCCGCGUUCGUGAGGAAGCAGAGAGGGCCCGGCAGGAACGAGAGAGACACUUCCAGAGAGAAGAGCAGGAGCGUCUGGAGAGGAAGAAGCGGCUUGAGGAGAUUAUGAAGAGAACCAGGAGGACAGAAGCUGCAGAGAAGAAAACCGUGGAUCAGAGAAAUGGUGACAUAGCCAAGGGAGCUCUCGCUGGAGCAACAGAGGCAGCUGCACUUCCAUGUAUGACAGACUCGCCAGGAAGUGGAGAUCCAGGCACUAGCCCACAUGUGGUCACUUCACACCAACCCAAAGUGACCAUGGAAAGUUUCCCUAGUGCUCCUAAUUUAGAAAAACAACCAAAUGAAAAUGGAGUAUCUGUGGAGAAUGAAACUUUUGAAGAAAGUAUAACCUUACCCAUUGGAUCUAAGCCAUCAAGAUUAGAUGUCAUCAACAGUGACAGCCCAGAAAUUCCUUUGACUCCAAUUUUGGCCUUCGAUGAAGAAGGGAUGCAUGGGCCUCUACCUCAGGUAGAUGGUGUUAAAACACAACAGACCGCAGAAGUUAUAUGAGCAUUUCUUCUGAUGCACCAAAGCAGAUAUUGAGUAAGAGUUUCUAUGAUUGAUAGAAUUCCUUUCAUGCCACAAAGGAGCAUUCCCUCCUCCAGUUUUCUAAAGAUUGCUUGACCAUCAUUUUGAAAAGACUUUAUUAAAACCAGCUAAUGAUAACAGACUGGAUAGCUUUUCUAAUAAUUUCGCCAACAGAAAGAAAUAAAUGCUUCUUAUUCUUCAGUACUUUAAAAUGGCUUUUUCCAGUGUGUUUCUUCUUAGCAAAUUGAUAUUUUUCUGCAUUCUUUAAAAGACAAGAACAUUUGACUCUAAAAGAAAUGGGCUGACUAAGCAUGAUUUUCACAGAGAUAUUUUGUUCUUAGAAGCUUAACAUAUAAAAUUGGCCAAAAAAAUUACCUUUUACAAUGUAAUACUUGAAAAAUAAGUACCUCUUUUCUCUACAAAUAGAGUGAAUAGAGGAGGUGUUUAAAUUAAACCUGUUUGUUUAAAUAUUGUUGCAAAAAGCUCUAUUUGUAGAGGCAAAUUAAAGGCAGCCUACCAGGUUCUUUUAAAUGCAACUUGUACAUGGACGUUCUGCGAACCCAGCUGUCAUAUUCUUCUUGCAGCUCCUUUUACAAAAGCUAACAAGUUUUUAAAUGUGAAAAAAAAUUAUUUUUUCAAAGCAAAAACAUAAUUUACUCUCCUCUUAAAUAAUGUAUUUGUAAAGUUUUUCCAAACAAAUCAAAUAAAUUAGAACAAUGUGACAACGCUGCAGAUUUGCUUUAUGAGAUGCAUUCCUUCUGACGUUACUGUGAGAGAAUUGUUACUGGUGAUUCAGGGCUACUUCUGACAUUUGCAUGUUGCUGCUGUCCCCAGUGAUGGCGGGGACUUAUCUAUGCCUUACCUGAUCUCAAAUUAUGGGGACGGAGGAUUCAUGUUUCUUUAGAUAAAAAAAGAAUUUGGUUUUGCUCGUUUCAGAGCAAUGAAGAUAUGAUGGGAUGUGGACUGGGUGACAGUGGGACGAGGGCCUCCACCCACGGGCAUCCUCGCGCCGCCUGGCAGCUGGCAGCUUUCACUUUUCAUCAUUAUUCUUCACUUUUGCUGCUGACCCUAGCUGUACAAACUUGCACUUUUGUUUGCUAAUAUAAAUUCAAUUUUAUUUUCCCAUGUAAGAGACCACUCAUGACUAAAUGUAGAAAGAGAGGGAACACUGAACACUGAAGGAGGAAUACCUGUUUUUAUGUGGAAUGUUUAAAAAAGAUAAAUUUAUACCAGUAUAAUGUGUUGGUUUUGUUAAAAGAGGAAUUGGUUAAGCUACUAGAUUGAAUGAGACACGAUUCAUCUUAUUGGACUGUUUCUUUUAAAUCUAAGCAUAUGAUUUUUAGCAACAAUUUUAAUUUGUCAAAACAUUAAUCUGGAUUUUUUCCCUUAUUCUCAGUUGUCUGUGUACCCACAGUCAUUGUAUUAAAAAAUUCUGUUCAACAAAGCUGUUUUAUUUGUUUAAAUCGAUCUAGCAUGAAACACCAAAUAAAAUAUUUGCCAUA